AUGCUUUCAGCUAGGUUAGUCUUACGGGAAAUCCCACGUUGCAAUAUGUUAUUGCAAAACCGCAUUAAUAUUCCACCGUCUAUCUUGAACUACUCGUCAAGCUCCAAGGUUAAUGACAAGGAAGAUGAUGUCUUCUUGAGAGUCAAGGUCCAGCCAAUAGUUAGGGAAAACGAGUCGUUGGAUAACAAAAGGGCUCGUUUGAUCUACCAGUCGAGGAAAAGGGGCAUUUUGGAGACGGAUUUGCUGCUGUCGAGAUUCGCAGCUGCGUAUUUGAAAACUAUGACCCCGGAAGAGCUUGAUGAAUAUGAUUCGCUGUUGAACGAGUUAGAUUGGGACAUUUACUAUUGGGCUACAAGAAACUAUAGGACAAGUCCUUUACCAGAGAAAUGGAAGAACUCAAAGAUUCUUGAAAGAUUGCAGGAAUUUAGCCAAAAUAAAGAAAAAGAAAUAUUGAGAAUGCCUACACUUGAUCGGUUUAAGUGA